AAAUCAAAAGAGGACUAAGUUCAGUGUCAAACAUCUGGCUGAUGCAUUUACUGGCGAAUGAGCAUCUGAUGUAAUUGUCUUUUGGUUGUGCGUUGGACCGCUGGAUCGAGGUUCUUUUUUAAAUUUUUGCAUCUAAAUCAACUGUUGUAUGCACAUUUUUGUAUUUUCUUGAGGAAUGCAAAGGAGCCCAGAGUAAUCUUUUUAGCAGAAGAAAAAUACAGUUUUGGAAAGCCACAAAAUGAAAUGCUGUAGAGGGAUCACCCUCAUUUUACUGGUGCUGUGUAUCCAGGUUUCAGCUAAAGCCAAUAAUACAACACUAUCUUACUACUUUGAUCUUCAAAUAGAGUCAAGUGCAUUGAACUACUUCACUUCACUGCUUGAAAAUAUUACAGAACUCAAUGUUCAAGAUGCUACAGUAAGAGGUAUCAGCAUAACAACAGACUGCCAAUUAAACCAAUGUAGCUGUGCAACACACUACAGUUGGAGUGAGGAUGUGUGUAAAAUAUAUCCUGAAUGCUGCCAGAAAAACAUUUGUCCAUUUGUCCCUAAAGCUAUGUGCCUCUACCAACAAAGAGUGAAUGUUGGUGGAUCAUUUACCAUUCCAGAUGGUGAGCUCAGUGAUGGGGUGAAGGAAAAUCUUACUACAAUAAUGACAUUACAUUACAGCACCAUGCACUGGUUUGACUCGCUGCAGAUUACAGCCCUCAGGCCAGGUAGUAUCGUUGGAGACUUUGUAAUGCUAAUAAAUGGUCCAUUUGACAUGACCCAAUUUCUGGCAGCAACAAACAAUCUGCAGAAUGAAUUAAAAGCCACUCUUAACAUUAUAACCACAGGUAUCAUAAGUAUUGAAGCUCCAGAUAUGAUUGAUUAUAACACCUCUGUUAAUAUCAUUUGCAACACUUCAUUGAAAACACUAGAUGAUGUAAAGUGGUACAUAAAAAAAGAUGCAAUUAGACAAAGUAUCACUGAUGGCACUGAAGCUAAUGUGGAUAGGGAAUUACCAACGAGCACGGUUCAUGUUACUCGAACAUCUGAAGUCUGGAGAGGGAACUUUAUAUGUGACUACACGGCUAAAGAUUUUAGCAGCAUUAUACACAGAGCAAGUGUAUUUUUGGAUGUUGCACUUUUGCCCCAAAUAUUCAUCAUCAGCAAGCCACAAUUCCCAAAUUGUAAAGUAGCGUCUAAAAUUAUUGUUGAAGUUAACUGUAUCAUAUACAACAGCACCGAACCUUACAUUGUUACCUGGGAUCCAAUAGGUUCUUAUGUUAACCCAGAUUCUGAAGGAAAUACAACAAUCUACAAAUACAAAAUCUCUAUCGACUGUAGCAGCAAACAGGAAGAGUAUUAUGCUACAUGUACUUUUAAAAAUCGAGCAAAUAACACAAUAAGUGCCAAACUAACUAUACCAGUCAUUUAUGGAAACUCAGUGACUUGCCCAAAAGAUAAUGACUGGGAAGAAGCAAAGGCUAAUUACACUGCCAAAAUGCAAUGCAGUCUUUAUGAAGUUGGUUCUAUAUCAAGAAACUGCACAGGAUCCCAAAAUCCUGGGAAAUGGGGGGAAGUAUAUUCUGAGUGUGUAAAUUCAGACAUUUGGACCCUGCUGAUUCAAGUGCAGAAUCUUCAGAAAGGAUGUGGGCUUGUUGAAGAAAAUGCAGUCCAGCUGUUUGAGGUUUUAAAGUCGAAAAGUGAGGACGAGAUCAUUAACACAUUUCAGAAUAUUAAGACAUCAGUGGACGUAUUAUACACCAUGAAUGCUGCUUCUGAAAUUCAAAACGCUACAUUAAAUAAGCCCAUGGUCACUAAUUUUUUGAAAUCUACAAGCAAUCUUUUGAAUAACACUCUAUUAGAUAAUUGGAAUUCACGUACAAGUGAGAUAUAUGCAUUGCCUAUUCAAUAUUUAAAAUCUGUUGAAGGACUUGUAAGCCGAAUCAACAUAAGCGAGGACACAUCACAGAAAGAGGAAAAUGUACAAUUAUUAAUAUGUAAUCCACCUGUGAAAACAUGCACAGAUGAGUUCAGCAUCAAGUUUCAAGCAGCUCCAAAAGAGACAGUUUAUCAAACUAAGAUAAAGAAUAUACCUUCACUGCUACCACAAUUUAAACAGAACACUAAACCAAAUGACUUUAUACUUUCAGUAAUUAUGGAAAAUAAGUCAAGCACAGGGUCUAUGGGCAAACUCUCAAUGACCUUUCCAAAACAGAGACUUCCAAACCACAAAAUAUUCUGUGUGUUUUUUAAUUUUACAACAAAUGAAUGGUCUCAGGAUGGUUGUUUUUGGGGCGGUGCACAGAAACCAAAUAUUUGUACAUGUGAUCACUUGUCUGCAUUUACAUCUCUAAUGUCUACAACGCCCGUGGAACUAAUGUUUUUGAAUGAGAUUACUUUAGCAGGUUUAGGGUUCUCAAUUUGUUCACUUGUUAUAUGCUUAGCAAUUGAGUUUGUGGUGUGGAACACUGUGGUAAAGUCCAAUAUCUCCCACUUUAGACACACUGUCUUGAUAAAUAUUGCACUCUGUUUGUUGCUAGCACACUGUAGCUUUUUAGCCAGUUCCACUAACAAUUCAGCUCUCAGCCAGUGGUGUAUGGCUCUUACUGUUAUGAAACAUUUUUGCUUCUUAGCUGUGUUUUUCUGGAUGUUGUGCAUGAGUUUGGGGCUCCUACACCAAAUGAUAUUUGUUUUUAUUCAGUUAAGGAAAAAGGUCUAUCUCGGAUUGUGUUUUUUUCUUGGUUAUGUCUGUCCUUUAUUUAUUGUAAUAUGUACAGUCAUCUCGUAUAACAAUGGUGCCAAUAACUCAUACUAUGUAAAUGACACCUGUUGGUUAAAGUAUGAAGAACCGCUAAAAGGGUCAAUCCAUACCUUUGUUAUUCCCGUUGGUAUAAUUGUGAUUGUGAAUAUGUUCACUAUGGUUGUGGUCAUUAGCAGGAUCUUAAAGCCCACUUUGUCUGAGGGAAAAAGUCAUGAUGAAAAAGAAAUUGUACGAGGUGUUAUCAGAACUGUUGUCCUCCUAACCCCUACACUUGGAUUAACAUGGAUCUUUGGCUUCUUUAUGCUAUCAGUUGACCUCACAUCUACGCCUUUUGCUGAGAUUGUAAAUUAUGGUUUUGCGUUUUUCAAUUCUUUUCAGGGCUUUUUCAUUUUACUAACAGGAUGUUUUGGUGAGAAAAAGGUUCGAGAUGCACUGCUCAUGCGUGUAAGAUCACAGAAUUCAGCACAUUACACAAGUAAAAGCUCAAUGAAUAUGACAGCAGCAGUUAAAAAAAAAUAACAGAUUUGCUCUACAAAGGUAGGUAAACUUUAUUUUCUCUACCAGACAAUAUACUAUGUGCCCCUGUAAAAAGUUUGUUUGAACCCAUGUUUUUUAGGCUUAUAUAGAAAUACAGUGUCAUACGACCGACCAGGUUGGAAGAACCUGACCUGCUUUUCUAUUUGAGGACAGAAACUCAUAACCGGCAUAACCUUUUAUUUGUCUUUUAUAUUUUUGUACUAUGAUAAUCCUACUUAUCUAAUUGUGCUAAAUAUGUAAAUGAAUAUAGCUUUUUUUU